GUGGCACCGCGAACGGGUUCGGGCCAGCAGCCGACGCGCUGCCGACCCGACCCCAUGCUGCAAACGCGCCCGAGUGGCGACGAUCGAGGGGGAGAACGGCGUUGUUUCUUCUAUGGGGAUGUCAUCGGACGAGCUUUUCGAGUGUUAUCCGUGGGGCCCGGGGUACCGCUUGGCCGCUGAUGCGAACAUGUACGAGUUCAGUUUCACGCUCGAGCCGAUCGAGAUUUUGGGGGACCUCCUCUCGUCCCUGGGCCUUGACGAGAACGAGGGUUUCAACCUACGCAGUAUUGGAUGCAUCGAUUCUUACUCUGUGGAGCCGGCGACGCACCAGUCGGCCUUUGUUUUGACCGAGUACGAGUCCAGUUUCACGCUCGAUUCGCUCGAGUUCUUAGUCACGAACCUCUCCCCGUCCAUGGGCUCGGCCGGGCACGAGGAUUUCGACGCGAAUGACUCUUGGGGCCCGCUCUACGGAGGGCGCGGCAAAGGCGGCAGCAGGACCUCGCAGCGGGUCCGGGCCGACAAGUCCCAGAUUCAGGACCAGCUCAUCGCCCUCGCGACGGCCGUCGCUGAGCUGCAGCGCGCGCAGAUGGGCGCCCGCACCGCGCCGAAGGCUGGUCGUGCCGAGGCGCGGCCUUCAAAGCCCACCACCACGCGCCCUAGGCGUCAGAGGCGGCAGAGGGAGGACAUCCCGAUCGUCGCCAAGCUGCGCUCCCUGCUGUCCGUCGUGGACGGCGGCGUGAACGUCACGCAGACCCAGGUCUUCUCCAAGCUCCGGGAGGCCAUCUCGACCUUCACUCCGGGAGCAUCGCCCUCGGCGCGGGACGCGCCCGAGGCUCCCCAGGAGAAAGAGCCGCCCCAGGUCAGGGCGCGUCUUUUUCAGGACCCCUGGGGACAGGCCAAGAUCGUCACUUCCAGCGCGGUCCGGGCCUCCCUGGAGCAGUCCACCGAGCCCAUGGUGAUCCUGGCGGCCACCCGCGCGGAGUACGAGCAGUGCGAGCGCGCGAGGAAGGCCCUCGGGAACCGCCAGAACAUCACUUACGUCGUCUUGGACAGCAACGGCCCCGACUCGGUCCUCCUCGAGGGCCAGCGCGGCCCCCGCUCCGCCAAGGCCAACAUCACCUACCUCAGCGAGUCCGCGCCGAGGUGCGCUGGGCUCCACGCGGCUAUGAAGGGCGACGAGCCCGUCCCAGCCACCAAGCUGAAGCUGGUCAAUUUUCGGAUCACGAUCUCCGCGGAGUUCGCCGACGAGACCUUCUUCCACGUCGCCUCUGCGGAGCCGCAGACCACCCCCGCCCUUGUCCUCGGGGGCGUCCUCGCGGAGCGCGUGCUGCGCACCCGAGGUGCCAUCGCCUGCGACGCGGAGGUCGCAUGCAUCGUCUCGACGACCGAGGCCAACGCUGCCGAUUUUCGGACAGCAGUCCCACCGAGAGGUGCCUUCAUCAUGCAGCAGGACGCCCCCGUCGCCCCGCGAUGGCUCUCCCGGAGGGCCGACGAGGAGGACGAGGAAGGCACCCGCAAGUACUACGACCGUGUCUGCCAGCUUGCCCAGCAGCGGCAGGGCCACAUGUUGUACCGCCCUCACGGAAAAGCCCAACUGGGAGUCGCUGGCGCCGCUGGGGUACAUCCUGGAGAGGCUGAUGCCAUCAAAUGGCAUGUGCGGAACGCACCCGCGCACAUGGUCACUGCCCAAGAAUUCACCACCUGGGCCACGGAGCGCGGCUUCCAGAACGUCGCCAACGCAGCCAGAGCAGGCGCCCGUGCGCGGACCUUCUUCGGGGACACGCCGGCGGGCGUCGUGGCCACAGUCCACGCCUUCAAGUCCGGAGCCGUCGUGUCUCUGGCUUUCUCGAAGAACGGCGCCCCCGCCAAGGCCGCCCGCCAGGCGGCGACCCUGCGGCGGGCGGAGCUCGCAAAGCUGGGGCCGCCCCGCGCGAGGCGGCGCCCCCGAACAAGCACGCCAAGGGCCCGCGAGAACGGCAAGCCAGUCCCGGCUGGCCCGUCCGCCCCGCCUUUCACGGAGUUUUUCAACGUCCGAGCCUGUGGCGGCGGCGGGGACUGCAUGCACAUCGCCGUCGCAGAGGGGCUGGCCGCCAUCACGCCGUCCAAGAGCAUCCCGACCGCCGACGACUUCGAGCCCGGCGGCCGGCCCCAGGGCAAUCUCCGCCUCGCUGCGCAGGAGGAGGCCCUCAAGAAGACUUUCAAGGCGACCACGGCGGACGCCGACAAGAUCGGCACUACAGGAACGCCUGCCUCCUCCCUGGCAGUCCGGCUGCUCGCAAAGCGGCUGAACGUCGACAUCUACGCGCGGCCCCGUGCGCCGGGCGCGGAGCAGUGGGUGCUCUACGGCCGGGAGCGCGGAGGUAAGUUACGGAAGAAAGAGUUGUGGUUGAAUUUGGAGGACCACCACUACGAGUGGCUCCAGCCGAAGCCGGACCAGCAGGAGACGACCGACUACCGCCAGACCCUCGAUUGCUGGCGCGAGAAGGCCUUGGGCUACCCGACCAGCGGCCUGCCGGGAAAGGGCCGCUCGCUAGAUCCCGACGCCGCGUCCAUCCUGGGCAUUCCGGCCCCAUCCAGAAGGGCCGCCUCAAGCCGCGCGCCGGCGCCGCGUCUCGACCCCGAGGCCAUGUCCAUCCUGGGCAUUCCCGCCCCUCCAAGCACGGCAGCCGCCAGCCGUGCCCCUACGCGCCGCCCCGCGGCUGCCUCCUCCAGGGGAGCCCGAAGCAUCCUUGGCAUCCCCGCCGACGACCCAGACGAUGAGAUGCCAGUUGCCUACGCCAAAGGCGACUACCUCAAGUGCCCCUGCGGCCAGUGGGCGCCACCCGCCCCCCCUGCCCACCUCUCGGGGGGCCAAGCCUCAGCCUGGCAGUGCAACAAGGCCACCGUCCACUGGCGGGAGCGCCAGGGCGCCGCCCCCCCCAGGCCGAAAGACCAGCCCGGCAGCGUCAGCCGCCGCGCCAUUCAAGCAAGCUUCUGGGCCCGGCCUGCCUUUCGCGAGGCCCGCCGCGCGAAGCUUUUUGCAGCGCGCUUGAAAUGGGAGGUGGCCUUGCCGGCGAGCGCCCAGCCGGGUGCGUGCAGCCCCGAUGAGCGCGCGGUUUCCUCCAAGGUCCUCAAGGGCGGGGGCAUCCAGCACCACUACACGUGUUCUACAUGCAGCAAAAAUACUCACCUGACCCAGUUCAGGUACUUCCCACGCAGGGCCCAGCCUGCCACCAUGACGCGCCACUCCAUGCCCACGGCGACGCGCGGAGAGGAGGCCGCCAACAGGGUCCACCAGGCGGAGAGUGCAAGCCGCAAGCGGUUUGCCAAGACCUACGCCACCAGGCGGAAGGAGCUCUACAAGAUUCGCUACGCCGACCCCGAGCAGCGGAAGACGAAGCAGCUGAAGGACAAGAUCCGCUUCGCGAAGUACCGCGCCGACCAGAAGCACAUCGCCCUCCAGAAGCCCCUGAGCCAGGAGCGCCGCGCGGCGAAGAUCGCCAAGAAGCGGCAUGGGCCAGCUGCAGUGCGCUCCGGCCCCUGGAUGGAGGAAGUCGUCAAUUUCACAUCCACCGUGGCUCGUGGUACUCCGCCGGUGCCGUGGUGCAUCGCUGGCGACCUGAAUUGGCGCCCCUCUUACGUCAACGCGCUGCCGACGCACGCCGUCCUGUGUGCCGCAACUACGCCUACGACCCUAGCAGGGACCUCUCCCACGCGAGCCGUGGGGGCCGGCAUCGAGCUGAAGCUUGAGAGCGUCGCCUUCCUCCCGCUCAUUCCUCAUCACGGGCUGGUGAUCUUCUCUGCGCAGGUCGCCGCCCCGUCGGCGCAGGCUACGCGAAUGCGCCGCGCUACGCGGUUCACGCUCGACCCGGGCACCAUCCUGCUGGCGAGCGACACCGAGGAGCUGCAGAGCCACAUGGAUGCCACCCUGCCGGCACGCGGCAAGAUCUCGAAGGCCAUCUCCGCGAUCCAGCGGGGCCUGCUCAGAGAUCGCCGCUCCGAGUGGCGCCGCCUCUUCCAGCACUUCACGACGGACACGUGGAGGGCAGCCACUGCAGAGGUUCAUGGGCCCUCCGAGUGUCCCAGUUUCAAUGCCGAGGACAUGGCGGAGGAGUGGAAGCGAGCGUGGGCCCCGUCAGACCCCAACUACGACGAGCAGAGGUGCGCGGCCAGGUGGGAGCAGUACGCCGCGGAGGCGCACGAGCCCUUGCCGAAGACCGCCAAUGCCUACGACGAGGAGUGGUACCCCUCUUACGCCGACUUCCGGGUCGCCGUGCGCAAGGCCAAAGGCAGCGCAGGCUAUGACGGUUGGCACUCUAGCGAGCUCAAGCUUAUCUCCGAGCAUUUCGAGUUCUUGCUCUUCGAACUCUACACGCUAUGGCGGGACACCUGCGAGACCCUCCUGGUCGAGAGGCCCACCACCGAGCUCCAGCACCUCCUCUUCGCCUGGCGGGUUGUUGGGGUGUCAAAGAAAGACCCGACGCAGUCCCGGCCUAUAGGGGUGGGCUCCGUGCUCCUCAGGGCCUGGCUCACAGCUUGCGAGCCCAGCCUGCCCACGCCACAGGACGCUCAGUUCGCCUGCAAAGCGGGCUCCACGGUGGUCCACGCCUGCUGCUUGUGGCUGCACGCCUGCCAGCACGGCUCGUGCGGACUGGAGCGCGACCUGUCCAAGUGCUACGACAACGUGCACCAUGCAGAGGCGGACGCGGCGCUCCGCAACGCCCAGACGCCACGCCGAGUGCGGGCGGUGACUAACGCUGCCUGGCGGGGCCCUCGGAGGUGCCAGGUGGCGGGAGAGCUGGCCAGUGAGACACUCUGGCCUACGCGCAGCCUCGCUCAAGGGGACAGCACGGCGCCGAAGGUCCUGUGCCGCGUACUUUCCCCCUGGGAGAUCAACGGCACCAAGUUCCUUUUCAUGGACGACAGGUCCGCCGUCCUCGACUCCGCCCCGCAGAUGGAGUCGGACGUGCAGGCCGCCAACGCCUUCGACUCAGGCACGGGCGCCAUCGAGAACGUCGGGAAGCGCCAGGUCUGGAAGCGAGGGGGCAGGACGCAGAUCGAGCACAUCGGCAUCCUCGCUGUCCCUGAUGCUCCGGAUGAGCCGAUUACGCCUGCCGGGGGCUGGACCAAGCUCCGCAAGUGCUUGCACGCCAUCCGAGGCCUCCUGGGAGGCAGCGAAGCCAGGGCCACGGCGGUCCAGGCCUACGCUAAACCGUUGUGGACUUGGUGUUCCCCGGUUUUCUCUCUGCCACCGCCCGACGUCGUCCCAGCAGCGAUGUCAGCGGUGCUUUCGACGAGGUGCACUUGGUGGUGCCGAGGCCGUCUCUGGGCCUCGAAUAUCGACCUGCACCCCAUCUUCAGCGCGGUGCUCACGGCCAUUGAUCGCAUCACCACCUGGGACCUCCGCUGGAGUACAUUCCUCGAGGUGAGUUUCACGACGUUCUUCGAUGCCAUAGGUUUCGAGUUCCUGCAGCACGACCCAGAGCGCGGAGUGCAGUUCCGACGCUCGGUGGACGAUGCGCGCCACUACGUGGCCGAGUGCGCCGCCCUGGCGGGUUUCCGGCAGGAGCUGAACGACGCGUACCACAUCCCACCUGGCUGGUGGGCACGCCAGCCGCGGGCGACGCUGAAGACGGGAUGGAUCACUUUCCCGGCUCACGCGUCCGCGGCCCGCAGAGCGGAGCUCCAGGUGGCCGUCUGCCGCAUGGGGCUCGUUGCCAUGGCGCAGAUGGCAGAGGAUUGCGAGGUUCUAACUUUCGUUCAGUUGUUCCUGAUGUACAACUCGCCCCCCAUCAGGUACAACAAGAUGUUCGACGCUGAGCUUAUCUUCUGCCUUUCAGCCAUGCGUGGACUCUACGACCUCGUCAGGCAAGGCUGUCUGGAGCCACCUCUUAACACCUGA